AUCGCACAGGGAGAUCACAAGGCUAGAGGCAGAGGCUGUAAUUCUGAGAAUAAGGUCCUUUGCAAGAAUGCUCCAGCAUUCCUAGAUCGACUUACAUAUAGACAAUCGAGGAGCAAUAGGAACAGUUUUAAAAGAGGGAAGCUUACCUUGGCAAAAGGAUUUACUAAAAAGUUAAACCCGGCAGACUUCCUAAUCAGAUAUGUAGACCCAAAUGAUUGGUGUCUAAAUCAGUUAGUUUUCAUGAUGUUGGAAGACAGGUGGGGUCCUCAUACUAUCGAUCGAAUGGCAGACAAUCAGAACACCAAAAUGGAGCAAUUCAACAGCAGCUCUAAUCCAUCGUAUCCUUCAACACAUAAGAGAAGAAAAGGCUGUGGCAACUAUAAUCGUCCCAAGAUGGGUAUUAGCGGAGUGGUGGCCAAUAUUAAUGAAUAUGACAAUAGAUUUGUUGCUCCUGCCUCCAGUCCAAGUAUCAUUUACCAAAGGGAUUUCAGGAGAAGUAGAACCGUGGAGAAACCUGAGUUGGCAGUUUGUGGUAGCAAGAGUAGGGAUUUCUGUGAAGUUAUGGAUUUGAGGGCGCUUCUAGCUGAGGUUGAUACAUUAGUAUCCUUUAUUGUUUGGCUAGAUUUAACCCAGUCGUUUUCAGGUUGUAUGGAUGUUCUAGCAGCAGUUUCAAGGGCACACCUAGAGGCCUAG